AUGCUCUCCCGCGGAUCGAUGAGAUCGGCGCAGCUCCUGCGCGGCGCCACGGCUGCUCCCAGUCGGCCGCUGCUCGUCCGUUCGUUCGCGACGGUCCAGUCCGACAUCUUCAAGCCGGCCAAGUUCGGCGGCAAGUACACCGUCACGCUCAUCCCCGGCGACGGCAUCGGUGCCGAGGUGGCCGAGUCGGUCAAGACGCUCUUCAAGGCCGACAACGUGCCGAUCGAGUGGGAGCAGAUCGCCGUCUCGGGCGUCCUCGAGAGCGGCGGCCGCACCGAGGAGGCCUUCCGCGAGAGCGUCGCCUCGCUCAAGCGCAACAAGCUCGCCCUCAAGGGCAUCCUCCACACGCCCGUCAGCAGCUCGGGCCACCAGAGCUUCAACGUGGCCAUGCGGCAGGAGCUCGACAUCUACGCGAGCGUCUCGCUCAUCAAGAACAUCCCCGGCUACGAGACGCGCCACAGGGACGUCGACCUCUGCAUCAUCCGCGAGAACACCGAGGGCGAGUACUCGGGCCUCGAGCACCAGAGCGUGCCCGGCGUCGUCGAGUCGCUCAAGAUCAUCACGCGCGCCAAGUCGGAGCGCAUCGCCCGCUUCGCCUUCGCCUUUGCCCUCGCCAACGGCCGGUCCAAGGUGACGUGCAUCCACAAGGCCAACAUCAUGAAGCUCGCCGACGGCCUCUUCCGCAGCACCUUCCACUCCGUCGCCAAGGAGUACCCGACGCUCGAGGCCAACGACAUGAUUGUCGACAACGCCUCGAUGCAGGCCGUCUCCCGGCCGCAGCAGUUUGACGUCAUGGUCAUGCCCAACCUCUACGGCGGCAUCCUCUCCAACAUCGGCGCCGCCCUCGUCGGCGGGCCCGGCAUCGUGCCCGGCUGCAACAUGGGCCGUGACGUCGCCGUCUUCGAGCCCGGCUGCCGCCACGUCGGCCUCGACAUCAAGGGCAAGGACCAGGCCAACCCGACGGCCAUGAUCCUCUCCGGCAGCAUGCUGCUGCGCCACCUCGGCCUCGACGAGCAUGCUAACCGCAUCUCCAAGGCCAUCUACGCCGUCAUCGCCGAAGGCAAGGUCCGCACGCGCGACAUGGGCGGCGAGUCGACGACGCACGAGUUCACCCGCGCCAUCCUCGACAAGAUGGAGACCGUCUAA